UAGUUAGUAAUUGACAUUUCUACAAUAUUGAUAAAUACUUCUUUCAAAGUUAUUUAAAGUUGUGACUAGUUAAUUUUAAUCAUAGUUAAAAAAGCAAAAUAUUCUGACAAAUAAUGACUUUGAGAGGGAAUCAAGGAAUUGACGUCGACUCGAUUGACACGGAGGACGAAGACGCUGUGGAUUUCGUAAAUUCCGUAGAACUUAUACGGCGAUGUUCAAAAGAGGAAAAGAUAGAUACCUCUUGGGAGAACUGUUUCAAUAAGUCCUUUUCUGAGCAACAUAAGGAUAUAAACAAGACACCUCCGUUCGUGAGCAUCAUGAUAACAGACGCUGGAAGUCCUAACAAUAGCUGUAGCCCCUCCAAGAGUGAACCUGUCUUGACAGUCAACUGUAGUGAAGCCGACGUAAGUCUUUUCUCCGCAAAUGACUACGACUUGUACGAAUCUACGUCGAAUGAGGACUCUGAACAUUAUGUACGCAGUAAACGCCACAGAUGUAAGUCCAACGGUGACGUACAGGAGAUCAGACCCUUGAAAAAGACAAAAUGCAUCAGCUCGACGAGUACAUACGACUUGACAGAACUGGAAUCUUCGCCCAGCGCAACAUCGAGUCAGUUGACUAGUGCCUCUGAGAUGUCCUUCAAGUCCAUCAAUAGCAAUCAUUCCCUAAAAGUUCGAAAACGGUGGUUGAAAUCCGAAUCGAACUUAUUCAGAGACGCGCUGCAGAGAUCCAGAAGAACUUUUAACAUGAGUGGAACGCCGAAGAAGGAAAAGAGCCAUCGUCGGGGAAAAGCGAAAUCUUGGCGGUUUGUUGAUCUGUGCACAUGGAUCGGGAGAAAGGGCUAUCAAUCCAUCACAGGCCUAUACUCUGAAAUGGUCAGAGAGCCAAUAGACCGAAGGGACAACGUGAAGAACGAGGAGAUCACUGAGCUCCGGAGACAUCUCGAGGAGGUCGGCGUCAAGCAGACGAGGCUUACGCAAGAGAAUCAGAUGCUACACGACCAGAUGAAGAGCAUGAUGAGCAAGAUGCAGGAGUUAGAAGAGAGGCUUAAACGCCACGAAUGCCAGCCGAAGCCCCCGCCUCCGUCAGCGGCGCCCCCUCCCCCUCCGCCGCCACCACCGCCGCCGCCCCCGCCCCCUCCCCCGCCUCCUGCGACAGGGACAGGCAAGCUGACUCGCUCGCACACUAUACCAAGGUGUGGGUCAGCGCCGCCCAGGAUAGUUGGCCCGCGACUCACCAUCACGCCUCAAGAUAUAGCCAACGUGAAGCUUAGGAAGGCAAAGGAUAACCCGGUUCGAACGAAGCCCGCCGUGAAGGAGCCUCAGCCCUUAGUGACGCAGCAGAUGCUGCAGAGCACGCGCGCCAAGCUCGGCCGCUCGCGACCAGUCGCUGCCUCCACGCCGAAGCAACUACUCACAGAGUUGGAGAAAUGCCUAUUGCAGGAGUCUUCUACCUCAUCCCUGUACAAACGUCGCACGACCCGCGGCUCGUUCCGUAGCGCGGAGGAGCUUCGCGCGCGCCCCUACCCCGCCACCAGCGUGCCGCACCCCCCCUCCCCCCGCUGUCUACGAUCACCCCAUUCACCCCGCGUGCCUCGCUCGCCUAGAAACAACUGCGGCGAACAACGGUCUUCGUCCCUCCCCCGCGCGGUUCACUUAUCACCGUUUCAUUUCAACGCUCGCUCCGUAUUGAAAUAGGUAGUUAGCAGGAACUGAGCCGGCUGUCUGAGCUCACCACACUCUUUAUGCUCAAUCCUCGCGUACAAUACUUUCCUCGUAACAACUGCGUUGAACCGCGCUCCUUGUCCCUCCCCCGGGCGACACCGUACAAUUUCAACUAGCUCCGUACUAAAGUAGUUGGUAGGGACUAGCUCCGUACUAAAUUAGUGCCGGUACGCGUCCGUCUUCCCCGCAGUGUCUACGAUCGCCUCAUUCGCCCCGCGUGCUCCUCUCGCCUAGAAACAACUGCGGCGAACAACGGUCUUUGUCCGUCCCCCAUGCGACUCACAUUUCACCGUUCAAUUUCAGCGUUUGCGCCGUACUUAAAUAGUUGGUAGGAAAGGCGCGGGCACCAGAACUGAACAGUUUACGCUCGUCUCGCGUACAAUACUCUCCUUGUAGCAACCGCGCUUCUUGUCCGUCCCCCGGGCGACAACGUUCAAUUUCUACAUUCGCUCCGACGGAAUCGGAAAUCUGAAGGAAUUUGUUAUAUUGAGGUUGCACUGUAUACCUAUUGUAAAUUGUAGUAUCUACUAAUAAUAUAUUUUGUAAUUUAUACUUGACAUCAUGAGAAACUGUUAGGUAUUUAUUGAAAACGCAUUAAUUAAUGCAUUCAUGACAUUAAAACCGUUAUAAUUAUUAUUUUCGAUACUUUUAAGGUACGGGUACCUAGAAUAUUUAAAUAAUGUUGUCAUGUGAUAAUAUAUUUUUUUAUUUAUACAGCUAGAACUGGGAGCAUUUGUCUAAAUGUCUAAAUAAAACACUACUUAAAUGACUGAAGCGGCUACGUUUUAAAAUGUAGUUAGUGGAAAUCAUGUUACAAAAAAUUCAGUAUCUGUAAAAAAUAUUUUUUAAGAACCCCGAAAUUUGAUUAUAUUUUUUUGGACAUUUUAAUUUCAAUUGAACCUUCAAAAUAAAUAUUUUAACUGUGAAUAUUGUUUUGUACAUAACGUAAAUGUAAUUUUGUAUGUAGAUCAUUAUUAUGAUUAUAUAUUUAAUUUUUCACUUAACGUUGAUAAAUCUCCAAUGUGCAUUAUUGAUGAAAAUGUGAUUAAUAUUAAAUAAAGUGAUACAAUG